GAAGUGGGAAGUGGGGUUGGGACAUCUUUGCAAGGGGCUGAUAUCUAGCAGCUUGAUGCUGCAAUGGGUGCAGAGUACAACUGUGCCCAGCAGAUGGUGCCUCUGAGCCAGAUGGAACCCAUUGGAAAUAAAGUGAGGAGAGAGAAGAGAGAAAUGUGACCGAGAUGGGGCAGUUGGCAGAGGAAGGAAGCAGAUAAAAAAAAAUGAGAGAGAGAACAAAGAAAUCGCGACCAAGAGGAACAAACUGUGGAGGCAGCUUUACUUUUUGGGCUGUGGAAAGAACUUCCAGGGUAUCUCAGUCGCUGGAAUAACAGGGAGCAGGCUGCACUGCUGCAAAGGGUUUGCAAAAGGAGCAAAUAAUCUUGUGGCUGGCUGCUGCCCAUGCUGAAGGGAAAAAGGGAUCCUGUGAGCCAGAGCAAGGAGGAAACUGCCUGCCAGAGACUGCAAUAUUUCAGUAGCAAAGUGUGCUCCAAAGUUCUUUCCAGGAUCCCCUGGGCUGCAGCUCUUGGUGGGGAGAACCCCCACCAGGGAAGGUUGCCCAAGCUCUCACCCCCUGCCCCUCCCACACAUGCUUUGGGAUUAUAGGUCAUUUCUGAACAAACAACAAAACUAGCGGAUUUCAGAGUGAAAUUCCGGAGGAAAUUUAAAGAGCAUCCGGAUCCGGAGAGAGAGAGAGAAGGAGGAAGGAAAAAAUAAAUAAAAACGUGGAGUGAAUCUAAUGCAACCAAAGAAGGGAGGAGAAGAAAGAAACUGACACUGACCUGGAGAUGGGGAAAUGAAUCACUGAGGAGGCCAAACCAAGAUCUAGGAAGCUGCUGGAAGACUGAUGCAAACUAACUUCACUACCUAAUAGUCUGUCCAGCCGUUACUAACCAAUGUCAACAACUAGGGAGCAGCCGAUCUUCAGCACUCGGGCCCACGUUUUUCAGAUCGACCCGGCCACGAAGCGGAACUGGAUCCCUGCCAGCAAACAUGCCCUGACCGUCUCCUACUUCUAUGAUGCCACGCGCAACGUGUACCGGAUCAUCAGCGUGGGCGGCACCAAGGCCAUCAUCAACAGCACCAUCACCCCCAACAUGACCUUCACAAAAACCUCCCAGAAGUUUGGACAAUGGGCGGACAGCCGAGCCAACACAGUAUACGGGCUGGGCUUUGCUUCCGAGCAGCACCUCUCUCAGUUUGCGGAGAAGUUCCAGGAGGUGAAAGAAGCAGCCCGUUUGGCAAGAGAAAAAUCGCAGGAUAAAACGGAGCUGACCAAUCCAGCCCUGAACAUCACAUCUCACCAGGUGCUGCCAAGCACCGUCAUCAGCUCCAAUGGGCCGGGAGAUGAUAAGCUGUUCCGGAGCCAGAGCGCCGACGUCGAGAUAACAACAGAGAGGGAGCGGCUGAAGAAGAUGCUCUCCGAAGGCUCAGUGCCCGAGGUCCAGUGGGAAGCUGAAUUCUUCACCCUCCAGGACAACAACAACAAGCUGGUGGCUGCCCUGCAGGAGGCCAACGCCAGCGUGGAGCAGUGGAAGAAGCAGCUGGCCGCGUACCAGGAGGAGACGGAGAUGCUGCGGCUGCGGGUGGCCGAACUGGAGCUGCAGAAAGCCCACGAUUCCUCCAGUGAGGGCAGCAAGGAGGAGCUGAAUCAGACGCUGGAGGAGCUGGAGCUGCUGAUCAAGGCUAAAGACGAGGAAAUUCAGCAGCUGAAGAGCCAGAAGAGUGGCCAGUGGGAGGCGGAGGGGGAGCGCGAGGAAAUGCUGCAGAAGCUGCAGGAGCUGGAAGGACGCAACGCGGAGCUGGAGCGCCGUGUGCAUGUGGCUGAGCAGACGCUGGCCGAGCAGCUGGCCGAGAGGGAGAAGAUGCAGGGCGAAGUCACCAGGGUGGGCGAGCUAAUGGAUGUGAAGAUAUUUGAGCUCAGCGAGCUGCGGCGGGGACUUGCCAAGCUGGUGGAAAGCAACUGAGCAGCCCUGGCCGCAGAGUCACCUUCCAGGAGGGGCAAAGCCCAGCUGAGGCCGGUUACAAACUGCAGCAGGAAUUGGGACCUGGGCGGGGUCCAGCCACAAACCAGGAGAUGCCUGCAACUGUCUGUGGAGACUGGCCAGAGCCGCCUGCUGUGCAUUGAGGGCAGACCUGGUGCCAGUGGGCAGCUGAACUCGGGGGGGCGGGGGGUCCACCCAAGGAGUGUCCAUGAGUCAUGUCC